AAUAACUCUACCGACUCGUCAGCGGAGUUUCAACGGCAAAAAACCGGUGACCGUCCUUCUGUUCCGGCGAAACUUCCGCUCUCGCUUUAUUUGACAUUUUUGUCUAUUUUCCUCUAGUUUCUGUUCACCGGCUUUACUGUACACAUGUCGAUUUUUGGAUUCUGCACAUCCUGCAAAAGAUUCCUUAGGACUACUGUGAUCAUCUCGCCAUCUCCAUUUUCUCUUCCAUUCCCUAGGUUUUCUCUGCUAAUUUUCCCUUCUCACCUUUGUUCAUUGUCGAAGUGUAAAAGUAGGCAUAAACUUCUGGAAAAUGGCAAACCGGAUGAAGGAAGAUGAGAGAAUUGAAAGGGCCAUUCGUAGUCUCUUGAAACUUCCUGAGAAUCGAAGAUGUAUCAACUGCAACUGUCUGGGUCCACAGUAUGUAUGCACAACGUUCCUGACAUUUGUUUGCACAAACUGUAGUGGAAUCCAUCGAGAAUUCACACAUCGCGUGAAAUCUGUAUCAAUGGCAAAGUUUACUGCAGAAGAAGUUAGUGCUCUUCAAGAAGGAGGGAAUGAGCAAGCAAGGAAAAUUUAUUUUAAGAAGUGGGAUCCUCAGCGUAACUCUUAUCCUGAUGGCAGUAAUCUCCAUCGACUUCGAGAUUUUAUCAAACAUGUAUAUGUGGACAAAAAGUACACUGGUGAGAGCAAUGAUAAGCUCCCAACUUUGAGGCUGAAUGACAGAGAUGAGACGUAUGGAAGCAAGAAGAUCAUCAAUGCAUAUUCUCUCAGGUCUAGAAGUCCACAUUAUGAGGAUAGGUACGAAUGGUCUAAUAAUGAAAGAGUUGUUAAUGCUGGAAGAGAAAGAAGAAGUCCACAUUCUGCUCAAGAAAGUUCUAGAUCUGGAAGCUCUCGGAAAACUACUCUCCGGUUUGAGGUUGUUGAUGAUAGGUUUCGAGAUGAUGGAAAUGGCAGGAGAUAUGAAGGUCUUAACUUUGCAAAUAGGGAUUCCAAAAUAGCCAGGUCAAAUGAUCCUAAGAAGAAAAUGGAAAGGUCAAGCUCUGCAGUUACCUGCCCUGAUAUUUUAGGGGAUUAUCCUCCUCCUAUGCAGGAGGGCAAGGUUCAGGUAUGGUAAUUACUAUUUUUUUUU